UCGUUACCAUUAUUUUUGCGAGAGUUGCAGCCUGUUGAAUCUCAUCUAUUAGCUGCAGUGCGCAUCUAAAAAGAUGAUGUGGCUGAAUAGCGUACCAAGGAUCCACUAUUUUUCAAAUGUUAUGUUUUAAGAACGGACAAAAAGGACACUUUUACAUUUUCAUCGGACGAUCGACCGAAGCGUUUACAGACGACAUAAAUUUGCGGACAACGAUGUGAGAUCAUUGUUAAUUCCUGAAAGUUUCUUCGGAAACUAAAAAAAAUUGGACCAGGUACGCAAACCAAAUUGAAAAAAAAAAAAAGUAAACAAAAACAUCCUGAAGAAAACAGACAAUACAACAGGAAAAGGGGAGAAAAAAAGAGUAAAUAUUACCGGAAGUAGUGGACCUCAAUAUUUAUAGGAUCAAAUUUAGCCAACGAAAAUGCCAGUUUUCCAAGAGUGUGCGGAUGAAAUUGAAACGCAAACAAUUAUUGUAAUUCAUCCCGGAUCUAUGUAUCUUCGUAUGGGACGUGCUUCAGAUCUGAAACCAUGUACAUUAUUGAAUGCCGUGGCAAGGAGACGUUUGCCAGGUGGGAUAAAAUACAAGGACAGUUUCUUACCGCCAAUUGUACCACUAAAUAAGGAGCUAAUGCAAGGUAUGGAAGAGUCCCGACUGCAGAUCUCGCACACCUUGCAGUCCUGUUUACAAUCGGACGGGAGUCGGAGGUACGCGACUCCGCCGCAGCAGAUAGCACCGUACAAUCGCAGAUCCUGCCCAGUGGUCUGUCCUUCGAACAACAGCAGCUGGGUAAAAACCGAUCGCGAUAUAAUCGUUGGAGAUGACAUUCUUUUGUUAGAUCCGGAGGAGGACUUUAAUAUCCACUUCCCGUACAAACGAGGCGAACUCAACGUUCACUCGGGCCCGGGCGGCAGUGUGAAGGCUGUUAUGGCUGACCUGAAGACAAUCUGGGAACACGUGCUGAACGAGAAGCUGGGUAUCCCGCUGAAAGAUCUUAAGCAUUAUCGCGCUGUACUCGUCAUACCCGAUAUUUACCACAGGCCUUACCUGAAGGAACUAACGUCCCUGAUGCUGUGCGAGAUAGGUUUCGGCAGUUGUUUCUUGUUGCAAGAUCAUGUCGCAGCGAUAUUCGGGGCGGGUUUGAGUUACGCGUGCGUCGUGGACGUCGGCGCUCAGAAGACAUCGGUGUCGUGCGUGGACGACGCAAUUUCUCACAAGGACACGCGGGUGCGAAUGGAUUACGGCGGCGGUGACAUCACGCAGGCCUUCUACUGGCUCCUGCAGAAGAGCGCGUUCCCCUAUAAAUCGUGCGACCCGUCCAACAAGUUGGACGCGACCCUCUUGAAUCAGCUGAAGGAGGACUCCUGUCACGUGGAUUUAAACGUCUGCGGCUCGCAGGAGAAGAAGUUCGUCGUCGAGAAAGCAAAGCAGCCAACGGAGAAGUACACUUUGCAGGUGGGCGACGAGUGCUUAAUAGCUCCUUUGAGCUUAUUCCAGCCCGAAUUAUUCAGGAUCACCGGAACGCACACCGUACACGUUCAGAAACGAUCAACGGGUGACCCGGAGGAUCUUUUCGAUGAGAAUUACUUGAGGGAGACCAGCAGACGAGGAAUCAAAGAAACUCUCGAGCAAACGUCGGAGAUGCAGGAAGAGGCGGCCGCGCCCACGGCUGCGGCCGACGAGGAAGUCGUAGUUGACACGGUAAACGAUUCCGCGCCUACUUUGUCAAAUCGCGAUUUGGAAGGUCCCCGAGAUUUCGUCGUAGGUCCGCAACAAUUGUUGGGCCUCGACCAUGCAAUAUUGCAGAGCAUCGAGCGAUGUCCCACCGAAGAUUUGAAGAGAAAGAUGUACAGUUGCGUGCUAGUUGUUGGCUCCGGAAUGAAGUUCAGAGGCAUCGGGAUGUGGCUUCGCAAUCGGAUAUCGCUGCAAAUACCUUAUAUGUAUCGGGCCGAACAAUUGGACAUUAUAACGGAACCGAAGGAGAUGGAUCCCGGUAUAACGACCUGGAAAGGUGCAGGGAUCCUAAGCUGUUUGGAAACAGCCCAGGAAUUGUGGAUUCCUCGAGGGGAGUGGCAACGCUGCGGUGUCAGGAUACUAAGAGAAAGAACUCCUUUUCUGUGGUAAAAAAAGGUAUUGGAAAGGCUCUUUGAUGUACAAUCAUAAAAUGAAUUUAGGCAAGUAUGAACCAACACUUAUCUCAGAUUUCCGCUAUGUUUUUGAGGAUAUUAUCAUUCUAUUUACAAAUAAUGUGAGAAACAAUGUGAGAUAAAUAUGCAGCGUCGUUUUAUGUUUCAGUUACAGUAAAUGUAAUUUGAAAAAUGUUGACAAUUUGAUGCGAAUAAAUGGUAAUAAAAAUCUUGAAAAUAAUUUUUAAUGAUGAUGACGAAUUAAUACUUG